GAUAUGUACAUAUUUUCUUUAGAUUAGUUAAAAAGGAGACUGUGUCUUGAGGUGUCAGCGUGUCAUCAGUUUCUGGUGUUUAAACACUGUGUUGUCAAGACACGGUUUGUCUAUUACCGCAAGAGUUAAUAAAAAAGUGUGAAAUAGACUUUCACUUUUAACCCUUCUAUGGUGACUGUUCUCCCAGUCCCUCAGCUCUAACCACUAGACCACACAGCCUCCCUCCCUGCCCUUCAGGUCUGAACACUAGACCACUUUGACCUAAUUUGCAUUUGCACUCCUACCGUAUGUACUGUUUGACACAUUACUCCCUCCCUGCACAUACUUGUAGACCCCUCUUGGAAAAGCCUUUGUAUGUGCUUUACUGCAUGGUACAGUGAUCCUCUUCCUGGUCGUGAAGGGUUAAUAAGGGCUGGGUCAGAUGGAGAGCAUAGUUCUGCACAGCAAGCCAAUCGGAUUGCAAGCAGGGAUUAGUUACUAUACUGUGGGCUGUCGUAUCUGCAGGUGAACUGUGUAACAGAGAUAGGGGGAGCAGAAAGAAAGGAAGAAAGAAAGAGAGAGAGAGUCAGACUGGACUUCGGAACCGAACUUGCAGGGGAAAGUACAGGACAGGGUGAUCUGUUUAACUUUGUGAACAGAAAGAGAGAGGAGAGAGAAGGCUCAUAAACAGCAUUACAGCUUAGCUUGGAACAGCAUUGAGAGCUUACCUGAACAGGUGUGGUGUUUGUCUUUGUGAUAGGCAAUUUGCAGACUGAUCUGAUCUCAGACACUGCCUGAGGCUGAAGCAACAAAGAAACUGAAAAUACAAACAGAGGAAACUGAGCACUGGUACAGCAAACAAAAGCAACAACACGCAUGCUGGACAACACCAAAGCCUGGAGUUUCUGUGGGGUUAACUUGAGAGGUACCUACAGAGACAAAACAACAAGGAAGUCAGGCGCGAUACACAACAUUUCUGAACCUCAGAACUGACGCGGAGAGAGGAAGUGCAGUUUGUGCUUAUCUGCUGUCUGUACGUUUGUAGCUUGAGAAGCACUUUGACACGACUACCCUGGAGAAGGAUUAUGAGACAGCCACGGAUGUUCAGAGCACACCUGAGGGACAGACAGACGGACGGACACAGGACACACAGAAAGACUGACAUUAACCUGCUUAUUAUGUAUUAAUUUCAACUUUCACACUCCCAGAUAGUCACCCUUGGUUUCACACAGGCCCAGGGGGCAGCGCUGCAUUUUGUAAACAUCCUCAGUACACAGACUGUAUGUCCAUACGUCUUUAAGUGUACUUGGAUUGCCAGCUUGUUUCAAGAACAGAAAGACACACUGACGGAGUCUGUUUCAUUGACAGUGAGAGAAGAGGAAGUGCUCAGGGGAUACUCUCUCCCUCCUUUAGGUGAUUUUGUUUGUCUGGAGUCUCAGAGCUACGAGUGAUGAAGACUUGAAGCCAGCACCUGCCUGUCUCACCUGCACAGUGUCUCCGCCCGGUGCCUGGCCUUUGAUCCCCAGUUGUUGCCAUGGCGAAGCUGGGCGCCCUGUCAGCACCGAGUGACUUCCAAAGCCAGGAGCGCUUUCGGUCGCAGUGCAGCAUGGGUAGUGUUGGCAGCGGAGUGGCAGGCCAGCAAGAGUUUGCCAUGAAAAGCGUGGGCACUAGGACCCAGCAGAGCAGCGGGGGUGUGCGCAGUAACGGCUUCUCGACACGGGAGUUCCAGCGGUGCUACUCUGGGGAGGAGAGGACCUACAGCUCAGAGAAGAUGCUGGUCUCCAAUUCGCUUUACAUCAACAGCGAGCAGCGACGCAGCGGAGAGCGAAGGGUUAAAGUGGAUCUGUGUGGAAAUAUUACAACCAACAACGAGCGAAACAGCAGCACCGGCAACCUGCCUCCCCUACAGUACCGGGAUCCCCCCAGCACCGACCUCAGCCAGCAACCGCCCCCCAUUUCUGCGAACAACACCACCGGCAACAGCAAACUGGAGCACCCACCCAAGAUACUGCCCGUCUCUGGGAAACUAGAGCAGACUAACGAGACACUCGUCAGGCCCUCUGCCUUCAAGCCAGUGGUGCCCAAAAGCUUCCAUUCCAUGCAGAACCUUGUGUGCCCUCCACAGAGCAAUGGGUCCAGUGGGGAGGGCCGCAAGGGGCCGGUGGGCAGUAACAGCAUUGGCACAGGCGGGCACAUAGAGAGCCAAGGCACGGGGGGAGGGAGGGAGAGGCCUGGGGUGGGCAGGAAAGGGAUGGGGCUGUCAGACUCAGGCAGGAACUCCCUGACCAGUCUGCCCACCUAUUCAGGUUCCGGCAGUGGGUACACUCAGCCACACCACCUGGGUCUGCUCAGUGCCUCCACAAGCCACAUCAAUCGGCUGGGCACCACGGGCGGCUACGAGAAAGGAGGGGGCAUCAGUAGCUACAACAACGGCCUCUCCGCCUCGGACAGCGGCCGCUCCUCAUCGGGGAAGAGCAGCUCCUCCUUCAACAAGCUCAGCCACCUGAGCGAGGCGCUGCCCUUCAAGCACUCCCCCUCCAGCGACGACAUCAUCCAAGACCUGGAGGACCGCCUGUGGGAGAAAGAGCAGGAGGUGCUGCACAUGCGUCGUAACCUGGACCAGAGCGAGGCUGCGAUCGUGCAGGUGUUUGAGGAGAAGCAGCGGAUCUGGGAGCGCGAGAUGGAGGAGUUGCGGCAGAACUACGCUAACAAGCUGCAGCAGGUGUCGCGCAAGACCCAGCGCGCCCAGCAAGCAGUGCAGCUGCAGAGCGCCAGGCUACAGCAGGACAAGCGCCGCCUGCAGGACGAACUCGCAACGCUGCUGGCACAGAGAGAGGAGCUCGAGAGGAAGUGCCUAGACUACAAGAAAGAGCAGGCAGAUAUGCUGCCCCAGCUGGAAGAGACCAAGUGGGAGGUGUGUCAGAAGGCUGGAGAGAUCUCUCUUCUCAAGCAGCAGCUCCGAGACUCCCAGGCAGAGGUGACUCAGAAGCUGGGUGAGAUAGUGUCUCUGCGCGGGCAGCAGAAGGAGUUGAAGGCUCAGCUGCGGGAGUACGAGGCGACCAUUCUGGGUCUAAAGGAUUCUUACAGCAGCAAGAGCCUCGCUCUGGAGCGGUGUGAGGGGGAGCUGCAGAGAACACUAGCUGAGGUGUCCCUGCUGCGAGACAAGCUGGGAAUGUUUGAGGCGGAGGUUCUGGGGUUGAAGCAGGCUCUGGCGGGGCUGGGAGGGGGCGGUGGAGCUCCUCACACCCCCCCGGCUCUGCCCCCUCAGUGCCAGUCUGACCAGCUGCUGCAGAGCUGCCAGAGCGACGAGGUGAAGGCACAGAGGCAGGCGGAGGCAGAGGCCGACGUGCUCCGGAGGCAGCUAGAGACGCUGCAGGCAGAGCUGAGGCUGGAGAGGCAGCAGCGGGAGAGGCAGGCCAUCAGCUUUGCAGAGGAGAGGCACACGUGGCAGGGAGAGAAGGACAAGGUGCUCAAGUACCAGGCCCAGCUGCAGCUCAACUACGUGGAGAUGUACCAGAAGAACCAGGCUCUGGAACAGCAUGUGGACGAGCUUGGCCCCAAACUGCCCCCGUCUGCCAACGCCCCAAACCCUGCCCUUAACCCUGCUCCUAACCCUGCCCCUAUACCUAACCCUAAUCCUGCCCCUGCUCCUUCACACACUCCUGGAGUGGACAAGAGGCUAAAGACUCCACCCUGGGGUGGCCCAUCCCGCCUCGAGAGGAUCGAGUCAACCGAAAUAUAGCUGACUGACACACCGACUGACACUGACACGCACACACACACACACACACAUUGACUGACACGCUGACUGACACACACACACGCACACAAUGACUGACACAAACACAACUGACACACACUGACAUACCAACUGGCACUGACACAUACACACACGCACACACUGACUGACACAAACACGACUGACACUGACACACACACACACACACACACACACACACACACACACACUGACUGACACUGACACACACAUCGACUACACUGACACAGACACACUGACACAAGGACACACACAAGGACUUACACUGACAUACACUCUGAAUGACGAACUGUUUGACUCACACACAAACACGCACACACACACACACACACACACACACACUCACACGCACACCCUGAAACACUUCUGACUAGGACUGAAGAGCUCCUGUGGACUGGAUCUUCGCACAGCCAAGCAUGUGUGUCCAGCAGAUUGCCAGCAUUGCUGGUGCUAAACAAGCUUAUCUUUUCACAUUGACAGUGCUGCUGGUGUAUUGAAUUAAAUAACAUUUUCUGGUACCUCUACGGAAGUCAGACUUUCCAGGCUGCCAACCAUGCUGAUACAUUACAGUAAGAUAAUAAAGUCGAGCUAUAGCUAAUAGAGGGUAUUCUGCUGCCAGAAAUACUGCAUUCUUUCUAAUCACCCAGGACAGCCCUGUUUCCACAGGCCAAUUGUAGUUGUGACUGCAGUCCCAGUGCAGUGGUUAGACAGUGGUCUCUCUCCAGUCCUCUGCACUUGUGUCCUGUGAGCGUCCAAAGAGCUGUGUCUCUGGACCUCUUGCCUGGGUCCCACAUUCUUUAAGAAUAAUAGAAUAAAAUAAUUCAUAAAAUAGCCACAUAUUUAUGUAGCUCUUUUUAAAGUGUGGCAGCAAACUAACCAAUCAGCUGCUCAUGCCCACUUCCUUUCGCCCUGUUUGCUGCCAAUCGGACGGAGGGAGUAGUCUGUUCUGAUGCAGACUUCGUCGUUCUGUAUCCUGGCUGGAUGGGAAUGGAAGCUCCAGUCAACUCCAACUUUCCAACCCAGGGCUCAUAACUGCUGGUUUAAGAAAAAAAAAAAAUCAUUUUAAAGUCCCUUCUCUGACACUUACCCAGGCCUUAAUCCAGCAUGAGUGAAUCAGGAGAGAGAACAGGGGGUGGGGCUGUUGAUCAGGGUCUGUGUACCUGUUGAUCAGGGCUGUCUUGGUCUGGCUGCAGUUAUUGUAUCAUGCACAUCUGAAGAGUGUGAGGCAGCAGUGUGUGUGUGUGUGUCUGGCUGUGUGACCAGUAACUUCACUUCCUUCUGUGCAGCCUGGAUCCUGCUGCUGAGGACUUUACGACUGUUAUUAUUUCUAAAUCCAACGGAAGCCCACCUCUGCAUUUUCCCCUGUGAGAGAUCUGGACUUGGUCACAGCUGCAGAGCAGUUGAGCUCUCAUUCUGGAAUAGCGCAGACAGAAUGAAGGCAGUUAUUUCUGUGACACUCUCUGACACUCGCUGUUGUGAAAGGGCGCCUCAUUGGCUCUCUGGAGUUCUGAGCAUAGCCAGUGUUUUGCUCCCAGUGUCACUCUGACUGACAGCGCAGGACAAUUCAGACCAUUCUUCACAAUUUCUUUAUAUUUAACUGAACUUUUUUCACCACAGGGCAGAGAAGAAAUAAAUGAAUAAAUUAAAAACAUUGAUCAAAAAAAGAAAGAGCGGUGAAGCUGUGAACAGUCAAACCCCACCCCCACCUUUAGAGUAGUCGUUGUAACUCCAGACGUUGUCUGUAAGGGCUGUCUUACCUGCACCAGAAAACAAGGCAGGCUUAAAAUUGAGAUUCGUGGUUGAAAAGGAAACCUGGACUGUUGGUGAUCUUGAGGACUCGGGUAGAACACCACUGCCAUGGACCUGCUAAUAACUCAGAGGAUUGAGGUGAGGGCAGAACAUAUUUCUGAUAAAUAAAACCUAUGUGAAGGUUAGUGGCGCCGCAGGAUUUGGGGACGUUACUUAUUAAAGACAAUGGUAGGCGGACUCUCGCCCCAGUCACAGCCAUUGAGAUACAUGGAGCUGAAUUAUUGGAAUACACACGGGGAGCGAGAGGCACAGGGAGUGUUCAUUCAUAAAGACUUUACUGAGAUGCUGUCUGUAUUUGAAGUGCUUAAAACUGUAGAAAAUGACUUUCUUAUCUUUGUGUUCAGAUAUGCUGCUAUGUACUACUAGUGGAAACAGAGAGAAGUGUACUUGGAUGUAAAUAUAAUGAUUAUUUAUGUGUAUAUAUACAGUAUAUAAUGGUAUACAAAGAUAUUGCGUGUGAAUAAUUUAUGAGAAUAACUGAAUUAACAGACAUUUCAGCUUUUAUUUUUAAAGAAAAUAUAUCUUUACUUUGAUCUACUACAUGGUACUGAAAUAAAUCAUAUCACAAAAUGUGUGUUUGAAGAAAACAAAAUGCUACCUAUGUUUUUUAUAAUUAUUAUUUUUCAUGUUUAGAACUGUGAUUACUAAAAAGUUUCAGAAUUCAGAGCAUUCCCGCUGGCUCUCUGAGUUCCAACCAUGCCCAGUAUUUUAUAAGGCACCUCGUUGACUCCAUGUUUUAGGAAUCCUUGAAAAGACACACACACACACACCCUGCUGGGGUAUAUCUCUGUCUAUCUCUCACACACACACAUAUUAUACUGGGGUAGAUGGAGGAGAGCCAAGCUGUCCCUAACCUCUCUCGCUUACACACACCAUGCAGGCUGUCCCACUCCUACACACACACCCCAUACUGGGGUAAAUGGAAAAGGUUCAACCUAUCUCACACCCUCUACCUCUAUCACACACACAUGUACACACACACGCACACAUACACACUAUGCAGGUCAUCCCAACCCUCCCCCCCCCCCCCCCCUCACACACACUAACCAUCACAGCAUGCCGGUGUAUUUCCACUCCAGAUGAAUCUGACUGAGGGGAGUGCAGGAUGAUGUCUUGAUGUAGACGAUAUAAUCUCUGUUACAUUUCCUUGUUGUUUAUUUUGUUGUAUGAUUUCUUGCUUCAUUUUCUCUGUAUUUAUUUUAUAUUUGAGCAUUGAACUGUGUCUUUGUUUUAAUACCAGCUUUUCUUAACACAAUAAAGGAUGCCUGGGAGUUAACUAAAGACUAUGUGUAG